UAAGGUUUAAUGAUCACACUGAGCGAAGAAAACGGACGUACAGGUGGCAUCAGAAGAGCAGGCUGCAGAUCAACAACUACAGGAUGCUGCCACACAGCUCAAGGAGCGCAAAACGUGCUCCUCUUAUUCCCAGCCAAAAAGAGUUAAACUCCCUCCUCCCCUUGGGCUAAUGAAAGCUGAUUAGAACCUCUUAAACCAAUCCUGGCUGUGGCAGGAGCUCAGAGGUGGCCCUGGGAGGGGUUGGGGGAAGGUAUAAAGGCUGGUAGCGAGAGACACAGAGUGACAUUGCAACAGGAGAGACUCAAGGGGAAGAGGAGCCAGAGACGCCCCAUCACUGCGGGAGACAACACAACACAAAGAUGAACCCAAAGCUUAUUUUCUGCUGUGGAUUUCUGCUGCUGCUUCUCCUCAGCCAGGACCAGGCAAGGGCCAAACCUCUCUCCAGUUUACAGAGCCUGUCCAGAUUGUUAGAUGAGGAUCUGGAGCAUCCCCUGGCUUCUGAGGAGAUGGACCAGGAGCAAGAAGACAUGAUCCCAACAGAUGCCUUUGACCAACAGGACUCUGUGCUCCAAUGGGCCCGAAACUCCAGGGACCAGCCCGAGGGGGUCCCCAUCAGUGACAGUACUUUCCAGAGGCUCUUCAGUGAUCUUCUGGGCUCAUCCAGGAGAUACCGAGGCAGAAGCAAAAAGGGCCUGUCCAGGGGUUGUUUUGGUGUCAAGCUGGACAGAAUUGGAUCCCUGAGCGGACUGGGAUGCUAACUAUUCGCUAUGGACUAAGAUUUUCAGGACCUAGAGGACCCAUUGCCUUUCAUUGAGAUGUUCAGCUCAAACUGCUCCAGCUCCACUAACUCCCCUGCGGACGCUGGACUGAAUGAGUUCCUCCCGGGCCAUCCCCCCACCAUACGUGACCAUUGCUACCUUGUUUGUACCAUGGUAUUAACUUAUCAAAGCAGUUAUCUGUUCCAUUUGUCUUGUUGAUGUGCCAAGUGUAUGAAAAUACUUUCACAGAACAGUCCUCAUUGUGUCAUGGAUGCUGAAAAUACAUUGGUUUUCAUCAUUUAGUGAAUGUGUUUCAAACCUCCACUCUGAUUUUCUUCCUAAUUCAUCAUUCCUGAAGGCAAAGUGUUGCCAUGAUUUACAUUUGGUCAAAUAAAUAUGAACUAUUCAGAUUCAUCUGAUGGCUGGUUAAUGGUUACCAUGCGUGUUCUGAGAGGUUGUCUGAAGAAAGAUAAAAAGGGAUUUUAUAAAAAGAAAAACAAACAAACAAACAAAAAAGAAAAACAAAAAGCAUUUACCUAAGAAAAGCAGCUGGGGGAGUCCAAGAGAACACAGCAUGGCUGAUGCAACAUCCCUCACUGGGGGUUGAACC